CUUUUUGGGAAGAAGAAGGAAAACAUGGUUUGGGUACGAAAAUUUUUGUUGAAUGAAAAUAAAUUAAAAAUAAAAAUAAAAAUUUGGCGAGCCCGCUAUCAAAAUUUUGGCAUCAAAUUUUGAAACCCCAACAAAACCAACCAACCCCCGCCCUUUCUCUCAUUUUUUUUUUUUUUCUUUUUUUGGGUUCUCCCUAUUUCACUUAACGCCUUAAAGCUCUGAUUUUUAUUUUCUCCCAAAUUUCAAUUUUUUCCCCCAAAAUUUCUUAGAUCCCAAAAUUUCAAAUUCCCUCCUUCUUCUUCUUCGUAGGCCCGGUCUGCUCUCUACCAGUACUCUAGAAUUGCUAGGGUUUUUGAUUUUUUUUCAAUUUUGUUUUACCUUUUUCCCCAAAACCCCAAAUCUAGGGUUUUAGGAAGUUCCUGUUAAUUUUGUAGUUUGUUUUGUUUGUCUGUGUUCUGGUUUUUUCGAAGCCAUGUCGUCGGAAACCCUAGAGGAGAAGAAGCCUGAAGAUGAGGCUCCUAUUGAAGACAAGGAGAGUAAAGUAGAGGAGAAAGAGGAGAAGGAACAGGAAGAAAGCAAAGAGAAAGAAGAGUGCAAAGAGAAAGAAGAGUGCAAAGAGGAAGGAAAAGUAAAGGAAGAGGAAGAAGAAAAGGAAGAGAAGGGUAAUGUUAAGGAAGUUCCAGAGAAAGCUGGGUCGCUGGAAAACGAAGAGGAAGUGGAGGAGGAGGCUGAGGAAGAGAAAGAAGGUGAAGGGAGCGAUGAGAAAAAAGGUAAGAGGGUUCGAAAGGGAAGUGGGAAUAAAGACCAGAGUGUGUCUAAGAAGAGGGUUCGAGAACCGGCGGUGAAGAAAGCCGGUGAAGAUUCGUUGGAGGAGAAGAAAGACCACCCUGUUACACCGGCCAUUGAGAGGCCAGCCAGGGAGAGGAAACUGGUUGAGAGGUACUCCGCACCUUCCACUCCCAGGUCUUCGGCGAGUAAAGCUUUGUCAAUUGAGAAGGGUCGUGGUACGCAGCUCAAGGAUAUUCCAAAUGUGGCUUUCAAGCUUGCAAAGAGAAAACCUGACGACAAUUUGCAAUUACUUCAUACAAUACUUUUUGGGAAAAAAGCAAAGGCACAUAGUCUGAAGAGAAAUAUAGGUCAAUUUUCAGGCUAUGUGUGGGUCGAGAAUGAGCAGGAAAAGCAGAGGGCAAAAGUAAAGGAGAAGCUUGAUAAGUGCAUUAAAGAAAAAUUAAUGGAUUUUUGUGAUGUGCUCAAUAUUCCGAUAAGUAAGGCUAGUACUCGAAAGGAAGAACUUUCUGCAAGACUAUUGGAGUUUUUGGAAUCCCCACAUGCUACGACUGACAUUUUGCUGGCUGAUAAGGAACAGAAAGGUCAAAAACGGAGGAGGAAGUCAACACAAAGCAAAAGUGGAAGUACUGGUGAAGCUUCUCCAGAAACACCAGCCAAGAAACAAAAACAAACUCCAAAUGUUGGAAAAAAGAGAAAGGAUUCAUCCAAAGUUGAAGAUGAGGGUGAAGAUAAAGCUGAAUCUUCAGAUGUGAAAGAUGACUCUCAUGAAGAAGAGAAUGAAGAUACAGUGCACGAAGAAAGUGGUCAUGGUGAUAAAUCUGAUGAAGAGGAAGAGGAUAAGAAGGACCAGCAGUCAACCCCAAAAAGUUCAUCCAAAAGGGCUGUGAAGGAGAGCACGGGGAGCAAAACUGGGGGCAAGACUGCACCGGUCAAAAAGAGCACCCCUGCAAAGUCUACGAAGAACCCUGCAGAGUCUACGCCUAAAAAAUUUAGGUCUUCCUCAAAAAGAGGUGCAAGUGAUGCUGAUGGAACUUCUGGUUCACGGUCCAAAUCAAAGGGAUCAACCUCUAAAAAACAGAAGAUUGAGAAGGAAGGUGAGAAGGAUGUCAAGGUCAAAGCUGCAAGCAAGAAAAAGUCAAGCAGGUCGUCAUCAAAAGUUUCAGCCAAGGAUCAAGUGAAAGGGAAAAACAGCAAGAAGGCCAAGGCAGAGCCCACCAAAGAAGAGAUGCAUUCAGUAAUUGUUGAUAUCCUGAAGCGAGUGGAUUUCAAUACUGCAACUUUAUCUGAUAUUCUCAGGCAACUAGGUUCCCAUUUUGGGGUGGAUUUAAUGCACAGAAAAGCAGAGGUGAAGGAUAUAAUCACUGAAGUGAUAAAUAACAUGAGUGAUGAAGAAGAUGAAGGGGAUGAAGCUGAGGAGAAUACCGAAGCUGGCGAUGAUGGAGAGAAAGAUGAAGACAAGGAUGAUGAUGAUGAUGAGCAGGAUGGUGAUGAUGAUGAUGAUUAGUUCAUUUGUGGCUGGAAGAUGUGCAUGACCAAUUGCAGAUGAUGAGGAUUGAGGUGUAUGAUGGUGCAUGGACGAGGUUGUUGACCCUUAACAGUGGUUGUUUCAAGCAGUUGUGGAAAUUGAUAAACUAUCUUUGGGAUGCUAGAUCCUUGACCCGACUGGGUGUGUUUGUAGUCUGUACCAUAUAUAUUUAUCUCUCUGUAGUGAUAACAAUUUUUUUUUUUUUUUUUUCUCUUAGAUAUUACUCCCAUAAUUUAAAAAAUUUUAGCUGUAAUUGUUAGUCUUUGUUCCUUCAGAUUAGUAAGUGGAUUCUUUUUGGUCGAUUAUUCCC